AUGGGACAAUUCCCUGACAGUUCUACAGGAGAAAGUAUGGUACAAUUCCCUGUAAGAUCUACAGGAGAAAGUAUAGGACAAUUCCCUGACAGUUCUUCAGGAGAGAGUAAGGGACAUUUCCCUGACAGUUCUACAGGAGAAAGUAUGGGACAAUUCCCUGACAGUUCUACAGAAGAACGUAUGGGACAAUUCCCUGACAGUUCUACAGGAGAAAGUAUGGGACAAUUCCCUGACAGUUCUACAGGAGAGAGUGUGAGACAUUUUUCUGACAGUUCUACAGGAGAAAGUAUGGGACAAUUCCCUGACAGUUCUACAGGAGAGAGUAUGAGACAAUUCCCUGACAGUUCUACAGCAGAAAGAAUGAGACAAUUCCCUGACAGUUCUACAGGAGAAAGUAUGAGACAAUUCUCUGACAGGUCUACAGGAGAAAGUAUGAGACCAUUCCCUGACAGUUCUAUAGGAGAAAGUAUGGGACAAUUCACUGACAGUUCUAUAAGAGAGAGUAUGAGACAAUCCCUGACAGUUCUACAGGAGAAAGCAUGGGACAAUUCCCUGACAGUUCUACAAGAGAGAGUAUGGGACAAUUCCCUGACAGUUCUACAGGAGAAAGUAUGA